GAGGUGACGUGGAUGCGCGGCGGGCAGACGCUGUGGCCGGGAGCGGGCUGGCGCGCCUUCGAGGAGAGCGGCGUUCACACGCUCCUGCUGCCCGACGCCGGCGCCGACGAGGCGGGCCUCUACACGUGCCGUGCGCGCAACGCGUGGGGGCUGGCCGACACCUCCGCCUCCGUGCAGGUGGUGGCUCCUGGCAGCAUACGAGGUGGUCACCCUGCCAUGUUCGUCUCCCGGCCUGACAACGUCAUGGCCGUUGCGCCAGGCGAAGACAUAACUGUCUCCUUCAGAGUGAAGGGUGAUCCCAAGCCAAGAGUGACGUGGAUGAAGGGCACGCGCGACAUCACGACGAGCCAGCGCUCGCUCAAGGAGACCCUGGACGACUACGUGCGCAUGACGCUAAAGCGAGCCGUGCCGGCCGACGCGGGCACCUACUGCAUCCUGGCACGCAACGUCUACGGCUGCGACCGCGCCUUCGUCACCGUGCGGAUGAGGCAACGGGCUCGCUCACUCACACCAGGAGCUGAGAGCAGAUUACAAGAUGUUGCUACUAUUCUCCGUGAUGUUCGAGACCAGAAGGAGAUCCGAGGCCUCAGGGAUGUGCCGCCCGCCAUAUCCGGAGAGCCCGUGGUCACGGACUGCGGCCGCAGCUGGCUCACGCUCGCCUGGCCCAAGCCCGAGCAGCGGGCCGUGCCGGUGCUGGCGUACCGCGUGGAGGCCUGGGAGCUGGGCGACGCGGGUGGCGCCCGCUGGCAAGAG